AUAAGUUAGCCCGGCUGUUCCGGUAAAACGGCGUAACUGGUUCUUUCGCUUAUGUCUUUGCUUUCCCCGUGUGGUUACAAAUCAUCGACUUCUCAAGAGUGGCUCGUGACAAUCGCAGUCGGUGGACGAAAUAAACGAAAUAAAAGAGAAGCUUGUCGUGUAUGUUGCACGCGCGGCUGCCCUUGAACGUUAGCGUCGGCGAGUCACGUGACCAAGAAGAAGGGAAACGCUGGCGUUGGAAGCAGGAAGUGCAAAACACGUAAACAGUGCUCAAAAGAAACCAAAAUCCACGACAAGUUGUCCACGAUGGCUGGCAUCAAAGCUCUGGUCGGCUUGUCUUUUAGCGGCGCCAUCGGGCUGACUUUUCUGCUUCUGGGUUGUGCGAUCGAACAAUAUGGAGUUUACUGGCCGCUGUUUGUGCUGAUUUUUUACGUCUUGAGUCCGCUCCCGGUCUUCAUCUCCAGACGUCUCGGCGAUGACACGGACUCGUCCAGCAACGCGUGCAGAGAACUUUCCAUGUUCCUAACCACCGGAAUCGUGGUGUCGGCUUUUGGUCUCCCCGUCGUCCUCGCACGCAACAGCACGAUCCAGUGGGGCGCCUGCGGUCUGGUGAUGACGGGAAACGUGGUCAUCUUCCUCACGAUCAUGGGCUUUUUUGUGGUCUUCGGCGGCGGCGACGACUUCAGUUGGGAGCAGUGGUAACGGGGGCGGUUUGCGGACACGAGGAGGGACGGCGGGAGCGCUGGCUCGGCAGCGGACCAAAGGGCACGCUCGUUUGCUUUUCGAAUUUCAAAUGCGACACGUUCUCAUCGUUGUGCCUGACUUGUGGGACACCAGCGAUCCGCUUCCAACCUACACGGCUUUAACCACGUGAUUUGGCGUAUUAACCUGGCUUGGCUUGCGUUUUUCUUUAUUUUAUUUUAUUUUAUUUUUUGGGCGAUAUUGACCACAGCGCCACGCUUACUGCGUCGUUCCAUUGUCUUUAGCAUUCCGCUAACGUAAUCGCGUUGUGUAUUUUAUUUUAUUUUUUUUAAUUAUGGCAGGGAACGUCAUCUUUAUUCAUGCUACAUACGACAGCUACUCGUUGGAUGUGUAGUUAUUGAUGUUGAUGUGACUUGCAACUCAACCUUUUUUUUUUUUGGUCUUGUCACCUUUAAAGCAUUCUAAUUUGUAUUUGGGCUACCGCGUAGAUUCUCACCAAAGAUCGUGUAAGACGAAGCCCAUUUAUCACCAAACGGCGUCGAGAUGCUAGUUGAGGGUUUUCAGGAAGCACUUUUGUGUGAAUAUCUAUGCAACAGACGAGUUCAAAGUGCUUUUCCUACCCCCGACAAGAACAGUUUAUUUAUGCGAGUUUUCCAUUUCGAGUGGUUGUCCUUUUGUCAUCAGGAAAAUGAGUUGAUUGCAUAUAAAAUGAAUAGAAGCUUAGUGUUUUGGUUACUGUUGAAAGUUUACACAAUCUGCCGUGCGCUCCUCUGCAUUAUUUACAUUUGGCCCACGAUAAUAACCCCCGAUUAAGUGUCGAAUUGCCCGAGAUAACAGCAGUUUUCCCUCACAUGUAUGAAAGGGUGACAAUUUCAUAUUUAACACUAAUGAGACUCUCAAAUUUAUAAGCUCUUGACUGCAUUGUGUUUUCUAACAGCUAUUAAAGUUGUUUUUUUUUUAUGUA